UGAGCGGUUUUUGCGUAAUUUCCAGUCUCGUCUCCAUCUCCAUCUCUCUUCGAUCGUCUUCCACCCAGCCUCGCCAGAGAGUCUAGCUGCCCGAUUUGUUUUUGAGAGAGCGGGGGGAGGCGAGACAGAGAGUCACCAGCUCAUGCAGGGAGAAACACACGCAAACUCAACAUGCUCAAACACCACCAGCACCACCUCCAGGCCUUGCUACCCACUCCUUCAUGGUUUCACCUCGAAGCUCCUCCUCCCUCUCACCCUCGCCGCUUUGGCCUUCGUCCUCCAAUGGCGUGGUGGGGGCCUCACCGACGCCACCACCCGCUGGGACCCAGCACCUGUUCCCUGGCAAGUGGCAUGGAUGGAAUGGACCCCUCCCCUCCUCCCCCACCGCCCACCACCACUCCUCGCCGUCUGAUGGCGUCAAUUUUGGCCGUGAAUCUUCCCCUUCGUUCCCGUAUUACCAAGGCUGGAAGUUGGACUACGGGUCCAAUCUGAGGCUUAAGGUUCUUCUUUCCCCUCCAAUUGUAGUUUGUUCUCCAAGCAUACUGCUAUAUGUCUAUGAUGCUCACGCAGAAUGUGGAAAGAAUGUCAGGAUUGGGGGUUGUUGCCAGUUUGAAAAUAUAUCCACCAUUUGCUGGUGCUGCUGCAUUAGCAAUUACUCUUGUUGUGGCCUUUGGAUUUGCUGUCUCUCGUCCAUGCCUGACUCUCUAGAAAAUGGAGCACUUCAAAAUCAUUUCAAGGGAAUUGCAAAUGAUGUCAGAGGAAGAGCGCAGUGUUACAAGCAAGAUUGGGUUGGAGGGCCUCAUUCAAGAAUCGGUGCUCUGUUCAGUUGCUGAUGAAAUAGUGGAAGCACAAGGAUUAACGGAUUAACUGACAGUCUGACACAUUAAGCUUUCCUUUUUCUUUUUUCUUUUUUUACUUUCAUUUUAGUUUCUUAUUUUUGAGUUUCUUGUCGGCGACCAAAUGUGCUAUCCUCAUUUCUUUAUGAAUUUGAAAGUAAUGUAAAUAUUCCUUUUAUUUAGAUGGAAGCUUGAGCAUUGUGGAAACUUUAGCCUCUACUGCUAUUUGUGGUAUCAUACAUGCAAUUUUUGGCAGGCAACCUCUU